UGCCAUCACAAAUUUAUUCUGAAACUUAUUCCUAUUCACCUAAAAAACUUUUAGUUCCUUUAUCUCUCUAUUGCUUCUAAAAUAGAAGGAAAAAAAUUGAACGUUUCUCUUUUAUUUUGAUAUACAAAAGUUAAUUUGCGAACAGCGCGACUGCUUUAGAUGGCCGAAAGGAUGUUGAACUCACGCAAUUUAUCGGCCGAGGAGCACAAGGAGCUGGACGACUGGCUAAAUACCAAAGAGAUUUCACUUAACCAUCGCACACGACGCGAUCUCUCCGAUGUUGUCAAUAUGGCGCUGCUCUUCAAGAAUGUCGACGCCAAAUUGGUGAACAUGAAAAACUAUACGUCUCACGGCAAAUUGGCCCUCAAGCUGCUCAAUUGGGAGACGUUCAAUCUGAAGGUAUUGCGAAAAACGGGCCUGAUACUGAUGCGUCCGGCCUUGGAGCAGCUCGCCUCGGGCGAUCUGAAUGCCAUACGAUCUUUGCUCUUUCAUUUGAUGCGCAUCGAACGGGAUGGCAUACAGUUGAGCUCACGUCGAGCAUCUCCGACAAAGGGACAGCGGCAACAGUCCGACAAUCGGGAUGAUGCCCAGGAGGAGGUCCGAUCUCAGACGCUGAUACCAACAGAGCCAUCGAUACCUAACCAAAUACAAACGCAGAACCAGAGCCCGACACAGAACGAAACGGAGACAAGCGCACUAUUAUCGCACAAUUUGAGAGUAACCUAUGCCAAUUAUGAGGAACUGAAGCGUAUCAACGAGAAAAAGGAGCAAUAUAUCGGAUCUCUAAGCCAAAAGGUGCAGUAUCUAGAGAAGGUCAUACUGGAGAAGGAGAAGCGCAUCAACGAGCUCGUCGACCACUUGUCCACAUUAUCAGUACGCAUUAUAUCCAUGCAGACGUCUCUAACAGAUGAUGAACUGCCCCAGCCCCAGCCCCAGACUCAGCCAGAGUAGCCCAGGAUGUGGGGCGAUAAGAAUUUUAAUUGGGUCUCAACCGCUUUGACAUUAACAUUAAUUAACCAUUAAUAAUUCCUAGUUUUUCGACUUUCUCCUACGAUA